UCGAUAUUUGCGUAUUUCGCUUUUGCAAUUCAUUCUAAUUCAUGUGAGCAGUCUUUAUGACGUUUGCUACAAUAUUUUUGAGUAGCUCGUUUAUUGUUUUUGUGAUUUCGACUAAAUCAGUUGCAGUUGCUUGACCGCCGCGUCUGCUAUUCGACGAAGCUCUCCGAAAUUGGCGCACAUUGCAACACUUGGCCGCUCCGUUUGCCACGGUCGUCUCGAUGCUGCCACUCGCCAUAUUUUGAGGUGUUUGCUCAAUUUUGACACCAGUUGACAAAUGGUGUGACUGAUUGCUGUACGAUUUCGUUUUUUUUUCGGAAGCUUGUAUUCUCGGUCAUCCAAUAUUUCGCAGCGGAAUUGUUGCUCGAACAGUCGCCCAAAAAGCGUGUGCGGUUCACUUUACAUACUUACGUAUUUGAACGAUUAUUUUUUCGUUCCGGUUUCGAUUUCUGUUGCUAUUUUCGGUUGAUUAAUUGCUCGUGUAAUUGCCAAACAGCAUUUCCAAAACGAUCUUAUGUAAAGCGAAAUAUAAAAAAUUUAAAUAGAAAAUAAAAAAUUAACACUAAUCACCAAACACCCUCUUCAUAAAGCAAUAAAAAACAAAAACAGUAACAGAAAUGUACAGCAAAUAAAUCAGCAAGUCGAUUGUUGCCUACAACAAAACAAAUAUACAAAUUUAAUCGCAUGCAGGCAUAUACCUGAAUAUAUUUUGGUGUUGGUUUUGAAAUAAGUAUUUGAUUGCAGUGAAGUAAAUAAUAAAAAAAGUAAAAAGUCAAAACUUUUGAACUAACGAAAGUCUGAAGUGGCGCAGGAGAGACUUAAUUUCGCUGGUGCUUGCAAGAAUAUCGCUAAGUUUAACCUAAUGUACCAUAUUAUUAAACCAUUAACUAUUUUUCUAAAAAAUAUCAUUAGUGUAUGAAAAUUCGGGCAUUGAGAAUAAUUAAGCUUAUACUUAUGGUGUUGGAGUUGGUGCUUCUACUUGCCAGCGAAUUGUAAAUCGAAAUCAAAUCACUUUUACUAAAAUUCACAUUUUCCCAACAACAAAUAUGAUGCACAGUCGUCGCUCUGUCUCCAAAGAAGAUGUCGGGUCUGUGCACACCGACAGCGGCAUUUCGCUGUCCUCGCCGCCUGCCGCGUGCGCAGAGCUCUGCGACGGUGGUGAGACACAACAGUCAUCGGCCGCUACCACGAAGAAGCUGCUGCGGCGUCGUGUUAGUGAUGUAAAAGUAACAAAGAGGGCGUGCAGAAGCAAACAAGUGGCAUGUGCAAAGUCUCCAAAGCGGAAGAAGCAGAAAAUCGGUCAUUCAGUGACAAGCGAAAACAAUGCAGCGGCACCCGGAAGUAAUUCAGUCAUAUCAGCCAAACAACUGGCGGGCUUGGAUGUGCAGGCGCACCAGGAGGGCGCCGAUUUAGCGCAUGCUGUCGAUUCAGCAGCUAGCAUAACAGUCGCAAUUGUCAAUUCAACAGAGGAUAUAGAAAAACCUGUAACCCCGGCUGCGGCGUCUUCAGAGAAGUCCAUUUCGAUCGCCGAUUCUGCAUACUCUGAAACCGAUGCCACACAAUCAGCCGCCGAUUUAUCGGAUAUAACGCAUUCAGCAUGCGAUUCCGCGCUCUCAACCGGAGACUUAGCUUCCGUGGCCACACCAUUGCCAGCCACCUUAGCCAAUAAACGCACACGUCAAUUAUACAUUUGCCAUGUUUGCUCCAAGCAAUUUCGCGGCAAAAACGAUUUGAGGCGUCACAUGCUCAUCCAUUCGGACGAACGUCCAUACAAAUGCGAGCAAUGCGGCAAGUGCUACAGGCAGGCGGUCAAUCUCAGGAAUCACAUCACUUCCGCACACGAGAGUCAUCGGCAGUUCUCGUGUCCGCAAUGCCCGAAAAUGUUCGCGUUGAAGGGCCGCUUGCGGCUGCAUAUGCGACUGCACUCCGGCGAGAAGCCAUACGCGUGCACACAAUGUGAGAAGCGCUUCGCUCGUGGCGGUCAUUUACAACAACACAUCAUUAGCCAUCACAAAGCUAGCGCCAAGCAGUAUAUCUGCGAGAAAUGCUCCACUGCUUUCUCCACGCCUUCUAAUUUGCGCGCGCACAUGGAGCGCCAUGAAAACGGGCCUGAUCACUAUUGCGAGAUAUGCAAGGAACACUUCCCCAAUGAGCCAGUACUCAGAGCGCACAUCAACAAACUGCACUACAAGUUGGGCCAGUUCGAUUGCGAGAUCUGCAAGAAGACCAUCGAGGAUGAAGCCCUGGCCAAGCACAUGAAGUUGCACACGAAUGUCAAGACACAUGUCUGCGAAGUGUGCAAGGCGUACUUUAUGCAGAAAUCCCAGUACAAUGUGCACAUGCGCAUGCAUACUGGCGAGCGGCCGUACCAGUGCCGGAUUUGUUGGCAAACUUACGCUUACUCAAGCGUACUGAAGCUGCACAUACGCAAGCACACAGGUGAGAAACCGUUCCAGUGCUUGCUGUGCAAGGACGUGGUCGCUUUCUCACAGCUGGCACACUUCAAGACGCACAUGAAGAAAAUUCAUAAGCAAACCAAUCCAUAUAUGUGCGAGGGUUGUCAACAGUUCUUUAAGGUCAAAGCGGAACUUCAGGCGCAUAUGCAACAAUGUGGUAGCUGCAACAUUGAUGUGGAGCAACAGAAUGCCAAAAAUAAUGACCUACAAACACUCUCGCAUUUACGUUUCCUCAUGGCGUUGCUGUUGAAGAAGAUUUCAUCGCCGCAGAAAUUGCAGCAAUUAGGCUAUGAGAAGCGUCUGAUCGACAAUGUUGUGGUGGCAUCACUCAAGUUGGCCAAUCGAAAGGCUUGCGAGGAUCAGACGCUGUCGGCAAUCGAACGCAUGCGCAAGAAUGUUGAAGAGUUUCUCAAUUGGAUUGUGCCUACAAAGGCGAUGGAAACAUUUCGUCAAGAGCAGCAAUCCGUGGAGAGUAUACUGGACAAAAUUGUUACCAUGUACAUGAAGCACAAAUAAUGGUGCUACAUAGAGAAUUUAAGGGUAGCUUCUAAAAUGACUUUCUUGCAAACACUUUUUUGAAUGUGCCAUAAAGACGAUGGAGCUGCCUGCCAUUGCAUUGCAAGUUUAGACGUUUCGACGCAGGCCAUUGCCACGAAUUGAACGACAUAGAUUUUAGUUUAACAUAUGAAUUUAAAAUUUAGUUUUUUGGCUCGUAACAGGACCAUUUUCCUUUCAAAGCCGCUGAGUUUUCCUAUUUUUCGUUUGUAGUUUUUAUGAAAGACACCAAAAAGCGCAAUCCAAAGAUAUUUUUGCCAAAAGCUUAAGCAGUAAUUUAAGUUUUUUAAGUUAUUUCACUAUAAGUACAUUCACCUUGUAUUUGCAUCUGAACUCUAGCUUUUUUAGUUUUUCUCUUGUUAACAUUAGUUUGACUGAAGUUUCCAGAUUUUGCCUCGUUCUUAAUUUUAAUAUAAUAUUAUUUUCUAGCUAUUUAACUAGUCAUAUGCUGUAGUUUUUAAAAUACACAAGAUUUUCAAUGUAAUAGCAAAUUAUUGUAUUUGCGAAUGCUACCAACUCUUGCCAUAUGUAGUUUUAGACUUAUUAUUUUCAAUAUUCUUCAUACUACCAAAUAUCAUUUGUU